AUGUUUCCCCCGGAACCCUCCGCCUGCGUGAUCUGGGACCUCGACGGCACACUCCUGGACACGGAGUCCCUGGUCGCAGAGGUCGCCCGCGAGGUCAUCGCCCGCCACGGAGGCGAGCUCACGGACGCCGCCCGCGCGGCCAGCCUGGGCAAGAGACCUCUGGAGGCCUGGGCGGCGGUGGCCGCUGCCCUCGACCUGCCCGUGCCAGCUCAGCAGCUGCUGGAGGAGUCCGAGGCCCUGCUCAGCGAGCGCUGGCAGGAGGCCAAGAUGCUGCCGGGGGCCCUGCGCCUGCUCACCCACCUGAAGGAGUGCGGCAUGCCCAUGGCCCUGGCGACCUCCACCCUCCGCGCCACGCUGCCGCUCAAGCUUGCCGUGCACGGCCACCUGCGCACCACCUUCCAGAUCACCUGCUGCGGUGACGAGGUGGAGCAGGGCAAGCCAGCCCCCGACAGCUUCCUGGUGGCAGCCAAGAGCCUGGGUUUCCCCCCCUCCCGCUGCCUGGUGAUCGAGGACUCUCCUGCUGGAGUGGACGCGGCGGCAGCGGCGGGGAUGCAUGUCGUCCACGUCCCCUCCAUGGUUGACACGGGGAGCGCCGCUCGGAAUGCGCGGACCUUCGGACGCCAGGGCAUAACCACGCUUGCCUCCCUGCUCGACUUCAGGCCAGAGGCAUUCGGCCUGCCCCCCUUCAAGGAUGGUGUGCAGGGCACCGUCCCCGUCGACCCGGCCUGGAGCAUACGUGGCACUGUCGUGAGAGGCUAUGGGCGAGGGUCCAAGGAGCUGGGCAUCCCCACUGCCAACCUGGAUGCCGAGUCCCUGCGUGGGAGCCUGGGGGAGGCGGUGACCGGCAUCUACGCUGGCUGGGCGUCGGUCGGCCGGUCCUCCGAAGUGUACCCCAUGUGCAUGAGCGUCGGCUUCAACCCCGUGUUCAAGAACAAGCAGAGGGUUUGCGAGCCCUGGCUGCUGCACGAGUUCGACCAGGACUUUUACGGCGAGGAGAUCCGGCUCCUGGUCUGCGCCUACCUACGCCCCGAGGCAGAUUUUGUGUCGGUGCAGGCACUGGUGGACCGGAUCCACGAGGACGCGGCCAUCACCCGCCGGGCGCUCCAGGACCCUCUCUUUGCAGCGCUCAAGGGGGAUGCAUUCCUCGCGCCCCAGGAGGGGGGCACCGCCCUCCAGCCCUCGGGCCCAUGA